ACGUACUUGGAGGGAAGUUUAACCAGCAUAGCUCGCUCCGUACUUUCGUCGAAAACAAAGGGUGACGUUAGUAAACAAAGAAGGUAGUACGUGCUCUGUCGAGUUGGAAAACAAGAAGCCCUUUACCGUUUUUAUGGAAAGGGAUCGACACAGACGCUUUGCUGACCAGCGCUAGCUCAACGUUAUACUAAAACGUGGUUUGACGUAGCAAGAUGUGGCUAAGUUUUCCUCCUCAGUCGCGAGUGAGCCUAGGUAGCCACGACAUGGGUCCUCACCAGUGCAGGCAGUGCUGAAAAGAUACAAGUAUAGUCAUGGAUCGAAAUAGGAGGAGGCUCCAGAGUCAACUGUGUAAAGCUGUGAUCGAUGGAGAGCCCAGAUCUGUGCAGAUGCUUCUGUCACAAGGUGCCAGUCCUGACAUGGUUGGCAGUAAAGGGGUUGCUGCGAUCCACCUGGCUGUGGGCAAAGAGACUGAGAAGAGCACUCGGAGCUUGAAAUUAAUGCUGCAACAUGGAGCGGACCCCAAUGUCAAAUCAUCAGAGGGCCUGACUCCGCUUCAUGUUGCUGCACUGUGGGGAUGUUAUCAAAACCUCAAACUACUCCUGAUGAACGGAGGGAACCCCAGCAUCAAAGAUCAUGAAGGGAAUACACCAGGGCGGCUGGCAGAGCAACAGGAGAAUCGAAAAUGUGCCCAGCUGAUUCAGGAGUACCAGGCCAGCUCAGUGGAUGCAGAAGAUGAGGACUUGCCUCAGUUCCAAUACUCUGUUUAUUCAGACCAAAUGGACACGUCCAGUUAUCCUGACUCCGACUUCAGUUUUAGCUCCCACUUGUCUAGGAUGAGUGACUUUGGGGAGGCCCAGCUGAGUAGCACAAGACGCUCAUCAUUUCUUGACUUAUCAGCCAUUAAUGUCCAACCAAGUUGUGGAGAGGUGUCUUGCAAGAGACUUUCCAGUAUGGAAGCUAACAAGCACCACAACCAAGUCUGGGACAAACAUUUGUGUUGGCCGUAUGAGGGUCCCUCCAUAUUAUCAAGUACUCGUAUGUCCAUUGUAGGCUCUGGAGCCGCAAUGCCAGUUCUUCAGGAGGAUGUUAUGUUUACUGAUGACAGCAUGCUAACAUCAAAAGCAAAUUCUGAUCCUGCUACAGCUGAGGGAAGGACCUCCAUGUUUCGUAAAGAUGCUCCCACAACCUGUCCUUCGAGACGAGCAAGUCGUAAAAGUGUAAGCUUCCAAGAUGUAGAUGAAUAUUUCCCUGUUUUCAGCCCUGAAUCUCACAAAACACAGCGAGCUAUUGACACUGGCCAGCAUCAGGAGAGCAUACCUUUCUCUGAAUUCUCUGACUUUCUAGAUUCGGAACGCAUGGCCACUGUUACAUAUCAGCAAGGGAUUGAUGUAACAUCACCAGAUCACGUUUACAUUUUUUGCAGGGACAGCAGUGAGAGCACAGAGGAGGACAUGGAGAAAACAAUAAUUAGUCCUUUCCUGUUGGGAGAGAGCAAAUAUGAAAAGGAGGAUGAAAACGAAAAUGUGGCUGGGACAGGGUUACCUGAACAGCCGGCCUGUAGUUCACAGGGCGGUAGCAGCAGUGGGACUAGUAGUCACUACAGCAGCUGUGAAAGCGACCAUUACACCAGUGCUAUGGAGGCGUCUCUGUACCCGAGACUCACGCCACCUUUGGAGAAGGAAAUACCUGCUGGUGAUGAAUCUGUCAAAGAAACACAAAUUUCUCCAGUCUAUGAUUCUACAUUUAAAAAAUCCCCAAGCAACGAUGUUCCAGGUAUUUGUCAUAGCCCUGAACAAAAUAUUUUGGAUACUAGCGAAACUGACGUGAAUAAGGUGGCAGUGAGGCCAGUGGCACAUACCCCAGAGGCUGGUGCCGCUGCAGCACUGGAGGAAGACUCUGAUCUUCCAUUGAUCCCAAGUCCUUUUGUAACGGGAAGGACACGCUCAAGGUUAAGUCGAUGUUCACUGAGAACCAGCAGAACCCCAGAGAGUCUCCUCUCCACAUCUUCUCUGUUUGAUAAGACCCUGCCCACACCAAUUCGAACACGCCGCCAAACUCCCAGGUCUCAGAGCAGAAAUGUCUUAGACAAUUCACCAUGUGGAACUUGUUAUACACCAUCCUAUUCAGGGAGUAGCACAGGCAGCACCGGAGGAGAGUGUUUGCCCUCAGAGUGCCAGGACACACAAUCCAGCACACUCCGGGCUAGUGUUGGUAUUAGCCAAGCUGAUACCCUUAUCCUCUCCAGGAAUGUGGCUGACUCUAUUGAAGAACCACAGAGUUUGAGUGACACAAUCAUACUGGAGAAAAAAGUGGACUCCUCAACAGACGCAUACGAAAAAAAUCUCCAAGAGAUUAUUCUGGCUAUGCAAGGCAAGGGUCUUGCAGAAGGAGAAGACUUUAUGACAGAUGAUCUGACGAGUACAGAUGAGGCAACAACAAAGGUAAAUUUAAAAGAUGUCCCUGUAAGAGCCCAAGGGGAUAGCCUGGAAAAUGAAGAUGCCUGGAUCACUGAGGACUGUGGCUCUCAGGCCAACUCAGUGGCAUCCUCAUCCAGCUCCAGCUAUUUUUCUCCGAGAAAGUCCAGGGAAGAAUCUGACCCUCCAUGCACACCAGGUACAGGAUGCACCCCAAGGUACAGCAUGAGCAGACUGUCAAGCUGCCGUAGGCCACGGCACUUAGCAAACCUGUCUUACACCCCAGGAGGACGUCCUGUCAUCCAGGAUCUGGAUGAACCAGUGGAGUACCUUUACACUGACAUCGAACAGGGCCACAAGCUGAUUGAGACCCACGUCCCACCUACAGUCAACAGCUCACUCAGCUCUAGCAUGAACACUUCAACCAGUGAUGAGACCAUCCUCUACGACUGGCGCUCCAUGCGGGUUGACCUUAUGAAGAGCAAAGGAAAAGAGAACCAGAAACCCACAAAGGUGCCAACAGAGGAGAAUGAUGAGAAGGAGGAUCGUUUGUUGCAGGAGACCAGAGGGAUAACUGACAAGGAGCUGAGACACAGGCUGCUGGAGCUGGGUGAGAGCCCAGGUCCUAUCAGCAGCCGCACGCGGCCCACUUACAUGAAAAGGCUGCGCCACCUGUUGCUGGAGUCAAACUCCCGAUCACCACCACGGCAGAAACAGAUGGAACAGUCACAGCCAGAUAUGGGCUAUGCUCCAGAACUGUGCCAGGCCUUGCAGACCUUCGAGCUGCCUGAUUGUCACACCGAUGAGCUGGCGCUAUGCCAGCAGUUUGACCAACCAGAUCAGAACAGGAAGUGGAGGGAGGGUAUCAUCAAGUCCAGCUUCAACUACCUGCUGCUGGACCCAAGAGUGACAAAAAACCUGCCAUUCCGCAGUCGGACCCUGACUCCACAGGAGUGUUUCCAGACAUUCGUCAGUGCCAUAUUUUAUGUGGGGAAAGGGAAACGCUCCCGCCCCUACAGCCAUCUGUAUGAGGCUUUAGAGUACCACACAGGUGACAAGACCUCCAAGAAACUGUGCUCCAAAGUGCAGCACAUCCUGCAGGUGUGGAGUGCUGGCCUGGGUGUCAUCUCUCUGCAUUGUUUCCAGAAUGUCAUUCCAGUGGAGGCCUACACAAGAGAGGCCUGCAUGGUGGACGCCAUCGGGUUGAAUAUGCUGACCAAUCAGAAGCGAGGAGACUACUAUGGCUUGGUGUCCAACUGGCCAGUGAAGAGGCGGCGAGAGCUCGGGGUCCACCUGUUGUACCGAGCCAUGCAGAUCUUCCUGGCUGAAGGCGAGCGACAGCUCCGACCCUGCAGACAUUAGACAGUAGUGACCCCUGCUGGAGCACAGUGUGGACUGCAGCACUGAGCAAACACUUGGAGAGGGAAAAGACCACUAUCAGGUUAAGAAAAAAGAGCCUUGUCAUCUCUUCAUGGCUGCCUGAACAGGGAAACCAUGUGGAAUCUGAUAUGACACGUCUGAUGCAUUCAAAGCUGUGUAAUGCAGAAACAUUUGCCCUGUUCGGGUCAGAAAAAAGAUGACACAAAGAGUAAUAUUCCUGUGUAAAUGAAGAUAGUUUUCUACUCAAGAAAAAGAAAAAAAAAAAAAAAUUGAACAAAGUGGGCCAACUGCCUCCACAUACACUGAAAACAGCAAUCCAAGGCUGCAGGUCCUUUCCCUCAGAA